AUGAAAUCCCUUCUCGAUUUUUUAAUCGCGCUGUUGGUUCCCUUCACGACCAUCCUAUCAAUUCUCUUUAUAUCCGCUGCAUUCCUUCUAUACUGUACAAUAUUCUUUACAAUAUCCGCUAUUCUAUUUAUUCCCUUACAGAUUGGAAAGAUAAUAACAAGGUUGGGUUUCGAAGAACAGCAACCACGACACCGUCACUCGAGAAACAAGAGAGCAGAACAGAGCGAACAUUCACGCUUGACUGAAAGACGUGGUAGAGAAAAAUCGAGCAACAGAAGAAGUCUUUCUGAAGAACAAUCAAGAGAACGGCCAAGAGAGCCGUCAAGAGAGUCGUUAAGAGAGUAUUCCCAGGAGAAUCUCCAUCACACACAACUACAGCGUAUACAACGUAUACAGCAACUACAAGCUCAACUGACGCGAGAUAUCAACCAACUCACCCAAGAACAAAUAGAUAGAGUACGAACACAACGUCAACCACCUCAACGUCAGCGAACUAGAGGACUAUUAGAACAACAUCUCAUCCAACGGACGCAGCGAAGGUUGCAGCAACAAUAA